GAUGUCACCUCCCGAAUCGUCCACUUCAGUCUCACUCCCGGAAGAAGCAAAACCACACGAACGCUCUUCGUCACUGGUAUCAUUGGACAGAUUUGGCGAGAGUGUACAUAUGAACCCACCAAUGGAGUUCCGCAACGAAGCCAGACAUCAUGAACACGAUGAGACCUCUGCGACUGCAAACUUCGAGGGCAGAGAGCCACCACCCUCUGCUCAACCGAACAAACCCGCAAUGAGUGAUGUCUCUGAUCAGAGAAAAGACGACGAGCUUGAGGAAGAAGAGCCUAACGAAGACUAUGAUCCCGCCGAGAAAAUUGACGACCUCGAUUGGAACGAAUUACUUCACAACUACCACCAAGCAAUGAACCAAGCAAACGACAUGGAGUCUGAGAUCUUUCGCGAGUGGAAUGAGCUCAUGAAGUUCUUCCAAGUCUGGGCGGAGGCCGGGUUGAAUCAUGAGACCGAUCGUUCCUUCUCCCGGAUCAAUACACGCACUGCGUAUGUCCAGAAUUCUGAAAGUCGCAUGGAAGCAACCCGUAAACACUAUACGGAUGUGGUGAACGCGUUCGAGAGUGCGCUUGCCCUUCUCAAAAAUGCUGGAAUACCUCGUUGAAAUGCUCAUCGGCCCAGGGGCCAUGUACGUUCACGAACUUUGCGAUUCAUCAUCGACAACGGAAAGGGCUCAAAAGGGUUCCAGUGAGGUCUCGGCUUGGUCAGGCCGACGAUCUGUUCAAGAACCCUCGAUGCGCGCUUCUUACGCCAUACAUGCGGCGCGGUGCACGCUUAUGUAGAACGGCUCUUCAUCGACUUCGUCGCGAGAUUCUACCUGAUGCUUCGAUGCAUGAACGAAAUCCUACCCGAAAUCCCAUAGC